AUGGAAGGAAGAAACUACAUUCCCCCAAGCUUGUUGCUUCCGAGACAAGGCCUUCAACCCUUAACCGUCUCGUCUGCACCAGCUCGUUAUGUCAUCGGAGAUCGCUACUAUGUCCAGCAUCGAGAGAUGCAAUCGCUGCUUAUUGACAAUCAUCGCCUUAUGGCACUUCAUGUGUCCUUGCAACAGGAACUCUCCGCCGCCCGAAAAGAGCUUCGCCACCUUUCCUCCGAUGUUGACAAAGUGAAGGCCGAGAGAGACGCACAGUUGCGCGAGGUCUACGAGAGGUUGGUCAAUUUGGAGGCUCAGGUCAAAUCGAUCGACGAAUCAAAGGCUGAAUUGGUUGAAGUCCAACGAGAUUUGCAGAAAUUGAGAUCGGAAAAUGAAGAACUAGACGAUAAAUUGAACAAGCUCCGACGUGAUGUUGCGAAAGAAUCCUUGGAAUGGCAUAAAAUUCCGAUGCUGAAAGCGGAACUUGAAGCCAUGCAGGAAGAAAACCAAAGAGGAAGGGAAGCAAUUGAGCAAGAGAGAAAAAUCCAUGCUAUGAACACUAAAGAAAGCCAAGCAAUGGAGAAUUAUAGGAUGUUUAUGGCUGGCGAAAUCGAGAAGCUGAAGGUGGAAGCUGUCGAUGCAGAGAAGAGAGCAAGGGCAGCAGCUGCGGCAGAAGCCGUUUCAAUUCCAGGAACUGGAUAUGGUGCUGGAUAUGGGAAUCGUCAGAUGGGGUAUGCUGCUGUAACUCUAGGUAAUUCACCAGUUUCUAUCUGCUCUCCUCUUCUUAAAUGCGUUUAG